AACAACACCACAUCCACAAUGCCUCCUCGAAUACCCAUCUCCACCCGACAGCUGUCGCGGUCACCAUCUGCAGCUCAUCAGUCCGCGCAGAACUAUGUGUGCGGGCAAUGCAGACGCGCCUCUGUCGCCGCCGCGACGACUCCUGCUGCACCCAUCGAGGCGGACCUCCGCAAUGCAGCAGCACCACCUGUGAUGCGACGACCGUCGACCCAGCCGCCCUCGCAUAAACCGCCCGAGUUCCGCAAAUCGCAACUGCAUCGCCAAUAUCAGUCGCUGCUUCGUGCGUCGCCGCUCAUGAUCGUAUUCCAGCACAACAAUCUCAAGUCGACUGAGUUCAUGGGCAUCAGAAGGGAACUCGCCGCUGCUCUGAGGAAGGUGGAUGAAGAGUUGGCCAAGAAUGGCAACGUUGGAAAUGUAGGAGCAGACGCAAAGCUCCAGGUCGUCCAGACCGGCAUCUUUGCUUCUGCUCUCAAGGUCGUGGAGUUCUGGACUCCACAAUUCGAGGCCGAAUCGCAGCAGUCUGCCGCAGCUGAAGCACUGGAGCAUACACAGAAGCUACAGACUGUGUCUGGGCUGUCAUCAGAAGCCUACAAGGCGGCAAAAUCACAGAAGAAGAAACAUGGGCUGGAACCUCUACUCUCGGGGCCACUCGCUGUCCUCACACUCCCCACCGUUUCGCCGCAGCACUUGAAAGCAGCACUUUCUAUCCUGGCACCGUCUCCGGACUUCCCUGCGCCAAAGCGACGGACCAAUCCGAGCUACUAUGAACCUGCGGUGCAGAAUGGCUUGCAGAAGCUCAUGCUUCUUGGAGCGAGAGUAGAAGGGAAGGCUUUUGAUAUGGAGGGUGCUCGAUGGGUUGGCAGCAUUGAAGGCGGAUUGGAAGGACUUCGUGGACAAUUGGUGGCUAUGCUGCAAGGGUUCGGAGCUGGUAUUACAUCUGCUCUGUCUGCGGCUUCGACGAACCUUUAUCUGACGAUGGAGAGUCGCAAGACGAUGUUGGAAGAGGAGGGGAAGCCGAAGGCGGGAGGCUCGUAAGAUGUGAUAUCUAUAUUGUUGUCUCUCGGAGACCUGCUGUACAGAAAGAGCUCCGUGUGACCUUGGGGUCCGUGAAGUAAAUCGAUGUAAAAUACGAUACGAGGAAAGGCGGACAUGUCCCUUUUGCCUGAGCUCCUUCCCUGAACAACUCUUCGCAUUCACGGAAGUUUCUUCUCCGGCACUGGGCUCCAGGCCCACGCGAACAGGUGUAAGUGCUGAUCAGAGAGCACACCAUCUUCAACCCACAACUCACUAAUCUUCCACGCAUCCUGCCCAUCUUCCUUUCCAGCUCCAGGCGGCACCAAUUGAUCCAACUCCAUAUACCGCGCCCUCUCCCAAUCAGGUUCCAUAGGUUUCGAAUCAUCAACAAGCACAUUUCCAAGCUUCUUACCUUUCGG